GAUGUUUGAAACGGUGAAUAUGAUCCUGCUCUUCCUCCUAACCUUGAUGGCUAUGGAGGCACCCGAGCCAACCCAUCAAUGGGACUAUGAGAAGGAGACCGAACCGACCCUGGCACGGGUUGCCAUGUUCUUCUUUUCCAUCUCCCAGCCGCUGUCGUUAGGUGUAGCCAUCCUCUACUGGACCCUCCUGCGACCGAUUUGGGACGUUCUGGCCGGAGAGGAGGAGUGGCCCGCCUAUCUGCCUCUCUUCGCGCACGGUAUCGACACCAUCCUUAUGCUCAUCACGUUCUUUGCCUGUCGCAUCCCGUUCACGUGCUCCCAUGCCGGCUGGGUCGCCAUCUUCGCCGUGCUCUACGGGGUCUUGACCUACCUGCACCAUGUGCUUCGAAUCGGUCGGUGGAAAGGCUGUGAUGCAUACGAAGAUCCGCGUGACUGCCCCAUCUACAGUGUGAUCGACUGGAACAAGCCCGAUGAG